AUGAGUGAAUUGAUUGCAAAACAUUGUACUUUACUUGAGCAAUUGAAAGAAACUAACCAAUAUCAUCAAGAUAGAGAUGACAUUUUAAAUGAUUUUCAUACGGAAUUGAAUCGUCUUCGAUCAUCAAAUAUUGUUAUAUUUCGUCAAGAGAUAAAUAAAGUUACAACAUUAUUAUGUACUAAUAUUAUUAAUCUUAAUGAAUUAAUUUUAACAUUUUUUCUUGAUUAUUUUAUUCAAUUAUUGAAACAAUGGCAUGAAUUAACAUAUUUUAAUGAUUCAAAUGAUUCAUAUACAUUUGAAAACUUAUCAAUCAUUUUAAAAAAUCAUUCUUACAAUUUAAUGAAUGAAUUAUUAGUUCAAGAAUUUAUUCAAUGUCUUAUUACAAUUGCACGUGUUGGAAAAGAUAUGUUUAAGAAUCGAAAUAUUGAAGUUAUAACUCGUAUGCUCAAUGCCUAUACUGAUAUAGAAAGUUCUAAUAGACAUGAGUUUAUGGAAGUGUCACAGUUGGAUGACAGUAUAAUAAAAUGUCUGUGUACACCUUAUACUAUUGAAGUAUUUGCUCAAUUUAACUUAUCAGUUAAAUCUGAAGAACGUAAUCCAACGGAAGAUUUCGUAUUUGAUGGUUUGUUUGGUCAUGUUUCACUUAUGAAUAGAGAAAAACUUCAAGAACAAGCUCUUGAUUUACGUAAACAUUUGCUUGCAUCAAUAAGUAAUUUACUCGAUACAUUUGAAAUAUCAUACAAUGAAUGGUCAGAAUCAGCAAUUAAAAUUCUUACAGAUUUAACAACAUUAUUUCUUUAUUCUGUACAAAUGACUAUAGUAAAUGAUAUAUGUCUUGAUGUGCAAAAACAUAUUUGUGAUACUUCUAUUCGUGUACUUGUCAUUCCAACAUACCGGUCAAUGAAAUUCAAUAAUAAUUGUCUUCAAUAUAUUUAUAUGGGAACAUCAAGUGAUAAAAUAUUAGAUCAUUUAAAAAGUCAAAAAUUAACAUCGACUAUGUUUAAUAUAGUUAAUCUGUUUAAAAGUGAAGGAGAAAUUCAAUUUAAUGUUUAUCGAAUAUUAGCUGCUAUUAUGACAGAAGAUGAUAUCAAACGACUUGAUGAUCCAGGAGCUAUAGCUAAAGUAUUUCUUGAUCAUUUAACAGAGAUAACAGAUCGUUCAGGAUGGGAAGUAAGAAUAAAAAAUCUGUUGACUCGUUUGAAAAUUUUAUUACAACAUGAUCAAAUUCGAGAUGAAAUAUAUAAACAAAAUGGUGUACCACUUUUUAUUUAUUGUGCAACUGUGACAAAAUAUGAUACAAUUAUUCAACAACGAGCACUUGAAAAUCUUUUAAUAAUGUCGUUCAAUGAAAAAGUUCAUUUAAAUUUAAAAGAAAAUACGACUUUCAUGACACAAAUUAAAUCUAUAUCAGAAAAUUCUACUGAACCUGAUUUACAACGAGCUGCUGAAAGUUUAUUAUGGAUACUAACAAAAGAUGAAACAUCCAAAGAAUCAAUAGAUAAUCAAACAUCAGAAACGACUUAUGAUAUAAUGAUUAGUUAUUCACAUAAAGAUAAAGAUUUAUGCUUUCAACUUUAUGAUCGUUUACAAAAAGAUAAUUUUCGUGUAUGGUUAGAUCGUGAUCAAAUACAUGGAACACCUCUUGAAUCUAUGUCAAAUGCAAUUGAAAAUUCGGAAUUUGUAUUUCUUUGUAUGUCAGAUGCAUAUAAGCAAAGUGGAUAUUGUAAAAUGGAAGCAUAUUAUGCAUUAGAACGACAAUGUUGUAUUAUUCCAUUAGUUAUGAAAUCACAAUAUAGACCAGAUGGAUGGCUUGGAAUUGUUGUUACAGGAAGAAUGCGUAUUGAUUUUCCAAAAUAUGGUUUUGAAGAUGCUUAUAAUAAAUUAAUGAUUGAGAUAGAUCGAAAUCGAAGAGAGAAGAAAAAAGAUAGUUAUCUACAUCAUCAUGAUAUACCAGCUACUACUACACCAUCUAAUAUUUCAGUUAAAGAAGAUAAAGUAAUAGAAAAACUGGUAUUUCAAGCAAAAAGUGAUCAUUGUUUACCUUCGAAUAUUGAACAAUGGACAACUGAUGACACACAGCAAUUUCUUAUUAAACAGCAACUCGAAAAUUUUUUACCUAUAUGUUCACGAAUGAAUGGUACACGUCUUGUUCAAUUAUAUAAGAUGUGCAUGAAGAAUUCACCAGUAAUGUUUCAAUCACUCAAUAACCAAUUUGCUAUGAUGAAUAUUGAAAAGAAAAAGUCUAUAAUUGAAAUUAUUGAAUAUUUUCAAUUUUUGGAUGAUCUUAAACCUUUUGUACCAAUUUCAUAUGAAAAAACAGAAGUGGUUGGCGCUCGAUCGACUGUAUGCAUACUAACAUUGUUAAAUAAAGCACUUCGUAUACCUGAAGUUGAUGUUUUAUUUAAACUUUGUUUAUUUAUUCAACAUUUAAUUUUAUCCGAUGAAUAUAUUCCUGUUAUACUUCAUUUAAAUCUCUCAUCAAGUCUAAGAUGUGCGCAUACAAGUACACUUCGAUAUACUGUUAAUGAUGAUAAUGAUGUUCUAUUAAAUAUGAGAAUAAUGGGAAGUUUAAUUAAAGUGGAAAAAGAUAAUCAUAAUGAACAUGGUAUAACUUCAAUUUAUUUAACUUUAAUUGAAAGUGCUGCAUCAUUUGUUACUUUAAUUAAAUUAAUGAUGAUCAUGGGUCAACGAAUACAUGCUGAACAAUUAGUUCAAAUGAUAUUUGAUGAUGAAACAUUAAAAUCUGAUCCACAUCUUCGAGAUUCAUUAGCCGCAUUGUGUCAUAUCCUUGGUGCAACAUGUCAUAUUCGUAGUGACUCACAUAUCCAAAAAUUCUGGAUACGUCACUGCGGUGACUUUAAACGUGCUGCUGAAUUAUUUCAUUUAUCAUUAGAUACAUUUCUUCGAUUUGCUCCAGCUAAUGCAUUACCUUGUUAUUUAAAAAGUACAGAAAUUGAAUUGAUGCGUUUACCAGAAUAUUAUUCAACUAUUGCUGUAACACAUUUUAACAUUGCAACAACCUAUACAGGUUUAGGAAGAUUUGAAGAAGCUAUUGCAUCAACAGAAAGAUCAGUCGAGCAACUAGUAAAAACUUUACCAUCUGAUCAUCCAGAAGUUAUUGAAAAUCGUUCUUAUAUUGAAACGAUUAAACGUAAACAAAUGCUCAAAAGACUUUUUGAUACUGAUACAACAGGCCUUUUUUCUUCAAAAUUGAGCUUAUGUGCUAUUUAUCUUUUUAUUAUUAUUUGA